UCAGGUAUGGGCGCGGGCGCAUUGGCAUUGCCAUUGAACUUUUACAGGAGCUUAUAAUCAGUUUUUAUUUAGCUUUACUACUGCGUGUAUGAUACUAGCUGCUUGUAUAUUAUAUUAGAAGGUUCCAUGAUCUUAUCGGAAGCUCACAUUCUGCAGGAUGGCUGCUAAAGCAUUGUCCAAAGUCCUGCAAGACGAUAUGCUCAUAAAACAACUCGCAGAGAGCAUAGAUUCCGUCAAACACUACUUUCCCUUGGCCUUAGGUCGCGACCUUCUCGGUUCCCAGGCAGCCGUCUCAGAUAUCAUUGGAUGGACAGAGCGAGAUUACCGGUAUCAGAAUAUUGUUUCGGAGUGUUUGAAAACGUGGAGAAACGCGAACGGAAAAGCAGCAGGCACAAAGCUUGUUGAGAUAUUCAGAGGGUUGGAGUUGGAUAAAGUAGCGACUUAUUUAGAACAAGAACUCAAAAGGAGACCAAACUGCCUGAUUGAGGAUACCUUCCUGCAAUCCCUGGCCUCACAGCUAGACUGUACAUUGGUCUAUAGGAAGCUUGGACUGCCUCUCCUGGAGAACAAUGAUAUGAAGUUUAACGACCUGAUUCGUCUUUCUAACAUCCAAACUACACAGCACCACAAGGAUCUCCUCCAUGUAUUACACGCAUGGAUAAUUCAAGUGGGGAAAAGCAGAGAAUCCUUGGAAGAACUCAAGAAAAUCCUCCUCAAACAUGGUCUGAAAGAUACUGCCCAACAGCUUCAUUUUAUGGAAUAUGGUCCAAAUGCUGGUCCUAUGGAUAUACCUAGAGGCACUGAGGAAAUGGAGACCGUUGGUCUCUCGAGUACUCCCCUCCCACAAAAAGUGUUCUAUGACAUUUAUCUACUUUCAUCAUCAAAGAAAACAUCAUAUUUUCUGAAGAUGAAGAAUCUCAUUCAAAGGAAUGAGUGGAAGAUGACCAGUCCUUUUGAUAGUAAACUUGGCGAACCGGUAUUAAAAAGCAUUGAGAAGGACCUCUCCAACUGCUCACAUGUGGUUUAUCUUAUCACAGAAGAAGAUUGUGUGAAAGAAAAUGUGGAUAUCACCAUGACGAUUGAGAUAGCGCUCAAGUCUGUCACACACAAGGGUUUAGGAGGCAGAGUUAUUCCUGUGUUCUGUUGUGAUAUAUCUAUCGUCCCGCCUCUUCUGAGUAGGUUGACGGGAGAAAACAUUGACGAUGAAGCGCUCGAAGGAAGAUUGAGUAGGAGUAUUGAUGUGGACAUCAGGAAGAAAAGAGAAAAGGAGUAUCGCUCAGUAUCAGGAAAAAUUGCAGAGAGAUUGCAGGGUGCAUCAAGUUCGCAGCCACAGCAAGCACCACUUCUAAGUACAGUGGAAACUCUAGAGAUCGUUUUAGAUAGACAGGAAGACUUUGACGAAAAGCUGAAAGCUGUUGCUCGAAGCGUUAUCAGAGAUGCAGAUAUAGAUUAUCUAGGGAGGGCUCUUGGCUUUGAUCCAGCAGAAAUCCACAGGUAUAUCCACGCAAACAUGAGAAGUGAAUCAUACAUGGGUACACUGUCAAUGCUCCGAGACUGGAGGAAGAUGCAAACCAAGGCCACAGAGUUUAAUGCCCUGAAGUAUGUUCUAGAGAGAGCUGGUCAAAUUCGUCUCGCUGAUGAGCUAUUUGAGCUAGUGCAGGGUGCAUCAAGUUCACAGCCACAGCAAGCAUCACAUCAAAAUACAGUGAAAACUCUAGAGAACAAUUCUGUAAGACAAGAAGACUUUGAUGAUAAGCUGAUCACUGUUGCUCGAAAAGUUGCCAGGCGUGAUGAGAUAGAUAAUCUUGGGAAGGCUCUCGGCUUUGAACCAGAAGAUAUCCAACAUUAUGUCAACACAAACUUUAGGAAUUCAGAAGUAUCAUACAUGGGUACACUGUUAAUGCUCAGAGACUGGAGCAAGAAGCAAACCAAGGCCACAGUGCGUGAAGCCCUGAAGGAUGUUCUAAUAAAGGCUGGUCGAAUUCGUCUUGCCUUUCAGCUAUUUGGUACUUCAUGAGAUGCGAAUCAUGCUUCUCUAUUGAGGACUGCAUUGUUCCAUUCCAUAUAUAUAUAUGAAAGUAUAAUGGUUGUGUAAACUUAAUCAAAGUUCCCAAUUGUUGGGGCCUUUAUGUGCAUAGUACCAUUUCUAGGAUAGCACAUCAAACUUUAAAUAUCUACCCUUUACAAUUAUAUUCAGUACAUUCUUUCAAACCUAUGCAGUAACCCGUUGCCUACUGAUUUUCACUGAAAUACACUCAUUCCCAUACGUAUAUCACAGGUACCAAUUUUUCCAGUAGACAAUGA